AUGUCGGGCGGGAUGCAGAUGGAUGGAUACGGCAAAGACCAUGCGGUCGACCAGCGUGGUCUGGAUGAGGAUCAUGAUAGCAAUGUGCAGCAGGUACAGGGCAGGAAUUAUGAUCCAGCAUAUGACCAGCGGGACAUGCGAAGACUGGGCAAGAAGCAAGAACUAAAACGUCGAUUCCGCUUCUUCUCGAUCGUCGGAUUCGUCGUAGUGCUAGGCCUGACCUGGGAGUUCACCCUCACUACAAGCGUCUUCUCACUCUCAAACGGCGGAACAGCUGGAGCCAUCUGGCUAACAUUUGUGGUCUGCUUUGGAAUGUUCUUCGUCAUGUGCUCCAUGGCCGAGCUUGCUUCGAUGGCACCAACAUCUGGCGGACAAUACCAUUGGGUUUCCGAGUUCGCACCUCCCCAUCUCCAGAAGCCUUUGUCGUACGCCGUUGGAUGGCUUUGCGCGCUAGGAUGGCAGACGGCUAUGCCUACUGUCGCGUACAUCGGAUCUGGGCAAGUGUUGGCAUUGAUAUCGCUUUGCGAUUCCAGCUAUGUAAUUCAGGGCUGGCACGCCGCACUCAUGACCAUGGCCUUCGUAACCGCAGCCAUCUCCUUCAACACCUUCCUAAUCGGCAAGCUCCCCGUCCUCGAAGGUCUCGCCAUCAUGCUCCACGUCUUCGGCUUCUUCGCCUUCAUCGUAAUCUUCUGGGUCAUGGGCCCUCGCGCAGCAGCAGGACCUACAUCCACACACUUCGACGACUCCAACGGUUGGGGCAGUCUAGGACUGGCGACUCUCAUCGGCAUGGUCGGACCAACGACGACGUACCUCGGCGCGGAUUCUGCUGUGCAUCUGGCUGAAGAGCUAAAGGAUGCGAGUUAUGUCUUGCCGCGAGCUAUGUUCUCGGCUGCGGUGAUUAACUACAUUACUGGUUUUACCAUGAUGAUCACCUUCAUGUUCAACCUCGGCGACCUCCCCGCCGCGCUCGAGUCCGCAACAGGUCAACCCUGGGUCGCAGUCCUCUACGCCAUCACCGGCUCGAAAGCAGCGGCAAUCGUCCUAACCCUCGUCAUGAUCUGCAUGUACUUCUUCUGCGCCGUAAAUCAAGUCACAACCUCCUCCCGCCAAGUCUUCGCCUUCGCCCGCGACAAAGGCCUCCCCUUCCACGCCUUCCUCUCCAAAGUCCGCCCCAACUCCGGCGUCCCCGCAAACUCCGUCUACGUAACCCUGGCCUUCACCUGCUGCAUGGCCUUGAUCGUCAUCGGAUCCACGACCGCCUUCAACAUCAUCCUUUCCGUCUCCGCCACGGGCCUCUUCACCUCCUACCUCACAGUAAUAUGUACCGUCCUGGCGAAGAGGAUUAGAGGCGAGCCGUUCCCGGCUAGCAAAUUUAGUUUGGGGAAGUUUGGAUGGGUGGCGAAUGUGGUGGCGGUGGGGUUUUUAGUUAUUGCGUAUGUUUUCUUGUUUUUUCCGGCGACGCCGAGGCCGGAUGCGAAGGGGAUGAAUUGGGCUUUUUUGGUUUAUGGGGUGGCUGUGUUGUUUGCGGGUGGGUAUUAUUGGGUGCAUGGGAGGCACGAGUACGAUGGGCCUGUGGAGUAUGUGAGGAAGGAUGUCAUGUAG